GACGUCACGCUGCUUUGACUGGCGUUUUUGUAUUUUUAAAGCCUGAACUUGAGUACAGUACAUUCGUGCAGCAGUCAUACAGAUAGGUGUGAUACAUCCUUGGUGGAGAAUCGCAGAGGCCUGCAGAGGAUCAGAAUGAGGUCAUUUGUGUCUGUGCCCGUUAGCUGAAGGAGGAUGAUGAUGAUGAUGUUUGCUGCUGGUGUUUUUAGCGUGUAUGCUAAUGUUAGCUCUCCUCAUUCAGUAUUUCUGUGUGUGUGAACAGCUAACAUAGCAGCCCGCAGCUUUCGACUUCACUUCCGUCUCUUUUAGAGCAGGACGAUAGUAUCUCUGAAUCUGUGGUAGUCUAGGGAUUAAUCCGACACAUCUGAGAGAAACAUCAGAAACUGGCCCUGAGUCAGCUGUUGUUGUCUGUGCUGUGUUCAAGAGAGAGACGCUGAAGAUGAGCAGUAGGAGGCCUGUGAGGUUCAUAUGAGCCUCUAGAGUGACUGACAGCUGUCUGUGGUGAGCAUGUCUGUGCACGAGGACUUCGAUCACCCGCGCUUCUUUGUGGGAGCGGAUGAGGGCGAGGGAGACGAGCUGCUGGAUCCAGCCAGAGUGCUCGGCUAUGACUGCCUGUACGAGAACCUGGAAGAGGAGGAUGAGGACAGAGACGAUGCAGAAUAUGAUUCGCCUCCUGAGAGGCAGAUCGUGGUGGGUAUCUGUGCCAUGUCUAAGAAGUCAAAGUCCAAACCUAUGAAGGAGAUCCUGGAGAGACUGUGUCUGUUCAAAUACAUCACUGUGGUUACGUUUGAAGAGGAAGUCAUUCUGAAUGAGCCGGUGGAAAACUGGCCACUCUGUGAUUGUCUCAUCUCUUUCCAUUCCAAAGGAUUCCCACUGGAUAAAGCCGUGGCUUACAAGAAGCUGAGGAAUCCAUUUGUCAUCAAUGAUCUGGAUCUUCAGUAUUUUAUUCAGGACAGGAGAGAGGUGUAUCAUAUACUGAAGGCUGAGGGAAUACAGCUCCCCCGCUUUGCGGUUCUGAACAGAGAUCCUGCCAGACCAGAAGUGGUGUGCUCUCAGCUAAUUGGCAGCAGAAGUAGCGUCUAUUCUCCCGAGAGUAACGUCAGGAAGACUGGAUCCUACAUCUAUGAGGAGUUCAUGCCUACAGAUGGAACGGAUGUGAAGGUGUAUACUGUAGGUCCUGACUAUGCCCAUGCAGAGGCCCGUAAAUCUCCCGCUCUGGAUGGGAAGGUGGAACGAGACAGUGAGGGGAAAGAGGUCCGUUACCCAGUCAUCCUCAAUGCCAGAGAGAAGCUCAUCGCAUGGAAAGUCUGUUCAGCUUUCAAGCAAACCGUGUGUGGGUUCGAUCUGCUCCGUGCCAAUGGCCAGUCAUACGUCUGUGACGUCAAUGGCUUCAGCUUCGUCAAGAAUUCCAUGAAAUACUACGAUGACUGUGCAAAAAUCAUGGGGAAUAUCAUCAUGAGAGAGCUGGCUCCACAGUUUCAGAUCCCGUGGUCGAUCCCUUUAGAAGCAGAGGACAUUCCCAUAGUUCCCACAACCUCUGGGACUAUGAUGGAGUUGAGGUGUGUGAUUGCUGUGAUUCGACAUGGUGACAGAACUCCCAAACAGAAGAUGAAGAUGGAAGUUCGACAUCAGCGGUUUUUUGACCUCUUUGAAAAAUGUGAAGGUUACAAAAGUGGAAAACUGAAAUUGAAAAAACCAAAGCAACUCCAAGAAGUGUUGGACAUUGCCAGGCAGCUGUUGGUAGAACUCGGCCAAAAUAACGAUUCAGAAAUUGAAGAGAGCAAAGCAAAGCUUGAACAGCUGAAAACAGUCCUUGAAAUGUACGGCCAUUUCUCUGGCAUUAAUCGCAAGGUUCAGUUAACAUAUCUGCCACAUGGCUGCCCUAAAACAUCCAGUGAAGAGGAAGACGUGCGGAGGGACGAUCCGUCGCUCUUGCUGGUUUUGAAGUGGGGUGGAGAGCUGACUCCAGCAGGCAGGGUACAGGCUGAAGAACUUGGCCGGGCCUUCAGGUGUAUGUACCCUGGAGGACAAGGCGAUUACGCUGGCUUUCCCGGCUGUGGCCUUCUCCGUCUGCACAGCACAUACAGGCAUGACCUGAAGAUAUACGCCUCUGAUGAAGGACGCGUUCAGAUGACUGCUGCAGCGUUUGCUAAAGGCCUGCUGGCAUUAGAGGGCGAGCUGACGCCCAUCCUGGUGCAGAUGGUAAAGAGUGCGAAUAUGAAUGGGCUGCUGGACAGUGACAGUGACUCCUUAAGCAGCUGCCAGCAGAAAGUCAAAGCACGACUUCAUGACAUUCUGCAGAAGGAACGAGACUUCACGCCUGAAGACUACGAGAAGCUGGCGCCCACCUCCGGCACUUCUCUGGUGAAGUCCAUGCAGAUGAUUAAAAACCCCGUGAAGACGUGUGAUAAGGUGUACUCCCUCAUCCAGAACCUGACGCUGCAGAUCCGCCAGAGAAUGGAAGACCCCAAAUCAGCAGAUAUCCAGUUGUACCACAGUGAGACUCUUGAGCUGAUGCUGCGUCGGUGGUCUAAACUCGAGAAGGAUUUCAAGAUGAAGAACGGCCGAUACAACAUCAGCAAGAUCCCUGAUAUCUAUGACUGCAUCAAAUAUGACGUGCAGCACAACAGCUUAUUAAAGCUGGACAACACUAUGGAAAUUUACCGGCUGUCCAAAGCACUGGCUGACAUUGUCAUCCCACAGGAAUAUGGUAUUUCUCAAGCUGAGAAACUGGACAUAGCCAAAGGUUACUGUACACCUCUAAUCCGCAAGAUCCGCUCUGAUCUGCAGAGGACACAAGACGAUGACACCGUUAACAAACUGCACCCAGUGUAUUCAAGAGGAGUCAUGUCUCCAGAACGCCAUGUCCGCACAAGACUUUACUUCACCAGUGAGAGUCACGUUCACUCGCUGCUGUCGGUCUUGCGUUAUGGAGCCCUCUGUGAUGAGGCCAGAGAUGAGCAGUGGAAGAGAGCCAUGGACUACCUCAAAAUAGUCAGCGAGCUGAACUACAUGACGCAGAUAGUCAUCAUGCUCUAUGAAGACCCAAACAAGGAUCCUUCAUCAGAGGAUCGUUUCCAUGUGGAGCUUCAUUUCAGUCCAGGAGCUAAAGGCUGUGAAGAAGAUAAAAACCUGCCAUCUGGAUUUGGAUAUAGACCAGCAUCUAGAGAGAAUGAGGGCUCCAAGAAGAAAUCCCAUAAUGACAGCGAUGAGGAUGCCGGUGGUGCUAAACGUGACGAGCCGGAUCGAGCUCUGAUGAUGUUCCGCCCCAUGGUGUCCGAUCCCAUCUACAUCCACAGGAAGUCCCCUCUUCCCCGCUCCAAAAAGAUCGGCUCUGUGGAAUCCCCAUUGCAGAAAGACUUUCUCAAGACGCCUGCUGGCAAAGAAGAGAGCCCCCUGAGUGUGUCUAGCCCUGACUCUAUAGGUACCUGGAUUCAUUACACCUGUGGUGUGGGUACUGGGCGUCGAAGACGCAGAUCAGGGGACCAAAUAACUUCCUCCCCAGUCUCCCCCAAAUCACUGGCUUUCACAUCCAGUAUUUUUGGCUCAUGGCAACAGGUUCUGUCAGAGAACAACAGCCACAGCAGACCCAGCAGACUGCACCCGGAUCACAAGCUCACACCUGGAAUAGGGUCUCAUUGCGCUGGCUUGUUUAGCACCAUGGUGCUGGGUGGCUCCUCCAGUGCACCUAACCUACAAGAUUACGCUCACGCACACCGUAAAAAGCUGACCUCCUCUGGCUUCUUAGAUGAGGCUACGCGUGGUUCUGCUGUAAAAAGAUUUUCUAUCUCAUUUGCGCGACACCCAACCAAUGUGUUUUCCAGUAUGUUCAGUGGUUUUGAGUUGUACUCCAUGGUUCCUUCAAUCUGUCCCUUGGAGACCCUCCAUAAUUCCCUGUCUCUCAAACAAGUGGAUGACUUCCUCGCCUCCAUAGCCAUAUCCCAUGAUCCAGUACUGGAAAUAUCUGCAUCCUCCCCAGCUGUGCCCACAAAGAAGGCUCCUUUGAACACUUACACUCCAGCAAAAGUUUUGCCUUGUCCUUUCACCCAGUCUCUUGGCAAGAAGACGUGCUCACCAGAGAAGAGUGCAUCAGAUCAAGUUGAUUUUCCAGCCAGAAAACCCAGAGGCGUUUCAGAGCAUGGUGCGAGUAGCGGCAAAACCUCACAGCCAAGCUCAGAGACCAAGCAGCCCAAGCCUGCUCCCAACAUUUCCAUCCUUCUGCCACCUGAAUCUCAUGACUCUGCUGUUAAAACCCAGCAACAAUCCAGUGGCACAGCAACACAUGAAACCCCUGCUCUAGAAAACAAGAGUGCUACGAAAACCGUGUCAGGCUUUUACACAUGACAUCCAUCUACAAACCCCCAACCAGGGCAAAAACACGGCUAUCAAAGCACACACGCCAAGCUCAUGGACAACUGAUGCAUACGUUUACUGGACCCAGUGAACUAAAACUCACAGAGCAUGUUACAGGCCUCACUUCAUUACUUUUAGUGACAAGAAUUUGUCAUAAUUAGCUGUACCUUUAUUUGCAUUUAAAGGAACAUCUCACUGAAUGUUUGAUACCAAAACA